AUGCAAUAUACAACACUCUGUGAUGGACGCCCAAGAGAGGUCUCUCGGGCACCAACAACCACUUUAGCAACGAGCUAUUCCACGUACUUCAACUAUACCACAUGGAUCCCCGAGCGGUACCACACUACCAACAUCGUCCCGACAUGCACCUACUCCAGAGAUAGCAAUAAAUGUAGCCAGCUCUGGUCAUCAUGGAGCUCCAGUACCUCCGCAGCAGUUACCGCAAGCGACUACCCCACAACCUGGGACGACAUCGUCCAAUUCCGCGUCCCACCUUGCGUCCAACCCGAAUGGGACUGCCCUGUGAAGCCUGAUCGUGCCGAAUGCACCGUCGGCGCCGAUUACACCGGCACCAUGUACUACUGGCCCGUGACAACCGUCUCCGGCGACUUCUGCGCUCAGAACGGCACCACCCUCACGCCGAAGCCAACGAUGCCAGGCCAUCCGAACACAGUUGUCUUCCACGGCGAAACCUUCACUUCGCCUAGUGUGUACCUCGUCUAUCCUUCCGUGACGGCCUACUACCGCUCAGCGGGCCAGGGACUCACCGUCCGCACUGCGCCGUGUGGUCCGACCUUGACGGACGUAACACUCACCAUGGCGCCCCAGUCCGUCUCCAGCGUGCAGUACCAAGCCCCUGCCGAGCCGAGGUCAAUCUCAUGGGACGACUUCAAUAUCGUCCCCCGCGAAGCGUGGGCCUUUUCCUGUCCGUGGCCCCGAGCCUGCACCGGCUUCGUCCUUUCGCCGUUCAAGAACUAUAACCCGUUCAUCCAGGUUCCGCACGAGUUGGUCAAGGAGGGUGGCAGGGCGUGGAAGAACUGUACGGGUUGGAGUUACGUGAGACCCAAGUUGGUGCCGUUGGGCCCGAAGAUGACGACGGAGGCCGGUUGGCAUCAUGGUGUUCUGGGGACGGUGCCGCCGAACGUGGCGAAACCAACACAGGUGGGUGCUACGGUGCCGAUGAAUACGAAUUCAUUUCCUUGA